CUUAUUGGAUAAGAAGGGGCUCGCUCACUAACGUUCGCUCCGCCCCUUCUUAUCCAUUAAGAUUUCACUUAAUAUACUCUAACUUAUACAUGUAACAACGAUGGGCAAGGUACCGCUCAACAAUCUCCUGACAAAGUUGACGAUCAGAAGUUUGAGAAGAACACAAGGAACUGACUGUUUAUUACAAAAGGACAUACAGUUAUCAAAGACGACACAAUAAGCACGGGGGUCUAUUUUCGGUUCCUAAUCGCAAAUACAACGCCAUUUGCGCACAGGGUGGCGAAUAAUUAUGUCCCAUGACUGUAGAUACCAGUGCCAGUGGUGGAUUUAGAUGGGGGCUUUCAUAUUUAAGACUAGUGCCCCGAGUUGAUAGAAGGUGAUGGCGAGUUCAUAUGCAUCAAUGCCAGAGACAACGAACGCAAACAGAGCAUGUCGAGUUGUUCUCGGUCCCUGUACGGAUGGUCUACGUGACAUAUUGCGUCACUACGUCCCACCACACACAUUCCCUAAUGUCAUCAAACAAAACAAACUCAAUCUUCCUCGUCUGACAGCUGUUCAGCGUGACCUAAUUUUACCUAAGAGUGGAGGUUAUACAGGGAGGUACGAGGAUAUGGACAUUUCAUUAUUGUAUAUCCUAUUGAGAAACAUAACCAGCAUAUCCCCUCACUCCAAGGGCUGGGGCAACGAUCCUGAUCCCUGUGACAUGAGUCGCUCGGCCAACAUCGAGAGGAUUCGAUUGGUCCGGAAUCGUUGUGUUCACUCAUGUGAUCCAUUCAUGUCCAACACAGACUUUAACUCCAUCUGGUCCACCAUUAGAUCGACAAUGGUGGAUCUGGAUGCCUUCCUGGUGAAUGGAAACAAAUAUGAAAAGUCAGUGGAUUUCCUACGUCACGAAUCGAUGGACCCUGAAAAUGACCUACAUUAUGAAGAAGAACUGAGGAAGCAGGAGCAGGAAGAUAAGACGACCAGGGAAAUGGUGAACAACCUUGAGAAUAAACUGGAGAAACUAAAAAUGUCACCCAUUCCCCAAAAUGUGAGAGAGCAAUAUGAUAUUGACAUCGAGAAAUGGAGAGAGGAAGACAAGGUUUACUAUGAAACCCACAGCUACCCAUCGGUGAUGGAGAAAGCGAGGAACCAACCUUGCGUAACGUUUGUUGGAGUUCCUGGGUCCGGUAAGUCUGCCACGGCUCACCACAUCGCCCUCAAGUUCGAGGAGGAAGGUUACGAGAUUGUUCCAACCAAAGACAUCAAGAAGAUAGAGGAAUAUGGUGAUCCAAAGAAUCCGCAGGUUUUUGUUAUUGAUGAUGUGGUGGGUGUCUUUGGCCUCAAAAAACUAAAUUAGAUGUGUUGACUGAUUAUGAACAGAAAAUAACACAGCCUUGCAUGGGCAAGUCUAGAACUUUGAUGACAUGUAGAGAGACUGUGUUUAAUGAGACACUACCUUACAGACCAUUCCUUACCAAAGAAGAGACUGUGAUUAAGUUACACAGUUCUGAUCAUGCAUUAGAUGAUAAUGACAAAAAACAGAUUCUCCAGAAGUAUGGUUUAAAUGUUGAUUUAAUGUCGCCUGCAUUGCUGACAUCAACAUCUCACAUGUUUCCUCUUCUCUGUAAAUUGUUUUCAAAGGAAACAAAAUUCCAAGCUCUUGGUUCAAAGUUUUUCCUGAAUCCAGUCCAAUGUAUCAUUGAUGAACUUGAUGAUAUGCAGGGACAUAACAAACUGAAUUAUGCAACACUUGUUCUGUGUAUGCUAAAUGAAAACAGUCUCUCAGAAAACGUUCUAGAGGAUAACAAAAAUGAACAUUUCAUUAACAUGAAAAAACAACUUUUGAAAAAUUGCAGAUUAGAACAGUACACUGAUACUUUCAAGUUUAUGGAUGCUUUGUCAGCAAUGGAGGGGACAUACACAAAACAAUGUGGUGCAAAAUACACAUUUAUACAUGACUCCAUGUUUGAAAUUUGUGCUUAUCAUUAUGGCAAACAGUUUACUGACCAAAUGUUUGAUUAUAUGAGUAGUAAUUAUAUUGCUAAUUAUGUCAAACCACAGACAAGUGAACCAGAUAUUGUUAACAAAUUGAAAGAGAAACAGAGUGAUUCUCAAUCUAUUGAGGGGCAUGAGAGUAGCAGUGAUAGUGAUGGAAAAGAGAAGGAGAGUGAUCAUAAAAACAGUGAGAGAGAGGAAUCUCAAUCUAUUGAGGGUGAUGAGAGUGGCAAUGAUGGUGAUGAAAA